ACGUUGGAGCUUUGAAACCUCAAAAGCAUAAAGUUGGGUAAUAUAGAUUUGCAAAGUCCAUAUUAUCAGGGAGAAGCAUUACUCUCUUUAGCAACAGUUCUGGGUUUUCUUCUUCCUGUUAUGCUUUCCUAGUUGGUUGGAUUUUGGGCACUAAAUAAUAUAAAGAAGAAGGAGAGAUGAUGACGACGACGACGACAACAUCUUCGAAGAAAGCAGAAUCCAGGCCGGGUCAAGGCUUGAUCGAUUUGGUUUUCUCUUGGUCCAUUGCUGAUGUUUGUAAUAAGGAUCUCUUCAAGGGAAAGGUGAGAGAAAUCCCAAAAACAUUUUCUUCGACAGCUGAUUACAUGAACUCAUUCAUCUACCCACUUAUUGAGGAAACACAUGCUAAUUUGCUCUCAAACGUGACAAACUUGUCACGUGCACCUAUGUGUGAAAUUUUCGAUGUUAGAAUCUCUAAAGGCUUUAAGCCUCCCAAAGACUUGUUCUAUGACAUUUUCUUGAAGAGAAUGAGAGAAGAGGAGAAUGGCAAAGGCAAGUAUGAGCCUGAGGUUGGAGAUCUCAUUGCCUUGGCAAAUGUAAGACCGAGAUGUAUUAAUGACCUUAACAGGCCUGAGAGAUCCUAUCUUAUUGCUUUAGUUCAAAAGGCAACAGUUGAACGUCCUGAUACACUUACAAUAUUGUCUUCACAACCCAUUGUGUUUAAUAAAUCAGCUCCGGAAAAGGAUAACAAGAGAGAGAAACUUUUUGCCAUUUAUCUUACAAGCUUGACGACAAAUAUUCGAAUAUGGAAAGCCUUGAAUUCAGAAUUGGAAGGGGGUAACAUGAACAUCAUUGAAAAAGUGCUUCAAACUGAUUCUGCGGCUGGUGAAAAUUGUACACUCUGCUCCACUGAAGUAAAUGAAAGUGUUCUAUCAAAAUCAAGGGAGGCCAUUCGCUUGUCUAAUCUAGAUGAAUCUCAAGAAGAUGCUGUUUUGAGGUGUAUUGCUACAAGAGAAUGUGAUCACAAAAACACUGUAAAACUAAUAUGGGGCCCUCCUGGGACAGGGAAAACAAAAACUGUUGCUUCGUUAUUAUUUGCCUUAUUAGGAUUAAAAUGCAGAACACUUGGCUGUGCCCCGACAAAUAUCACUGUCCUAGGAGUUACAGCAAUGCUUAUGAAUUUGGUAAGGGUUGCUCUUCCAUAUGAUACCUAUGGAUUGGGAGAUAUUGUUUUGUUUGGUAAUGGGGAGAGAAUGAAGAUUGAUGAUCAUGAAGAUCUUUUUGAUGUCUUUCUGAAUUUCCGGGUUUCUAUUCUUGCCCAUUGUUUUGCUCCAUCUUCUGGGUGGAAAGGUAGGACAGAAUUAAUGAUACGUCUGCUUGAAGACCCUGAAGAGGAAUAUAAACUGUAUCGAAAAAAAAUGAAAAAUGAUGACGAAGAUCAUGAUGAUGAGGAUGAGGAUGAGGAUGAGGAUGACGAUGAGCAAGAGGAUGGUGGAAAUGGGAGAUUAAGUGGCAAUCAAAGCAAAAAAGAUAAAAUCAACGUCUUAAAAGUCAUGGACAAAAAGAAAAUUUGGAAGAAGUUCAUUGGUCAAACCUUGAAGGAAAACAAGAAUAACAAGAAGAAAAAGGCGUUAUCUCGGGAUAGAAAGCAAUUGAAGUGUGAUGAGGGUAAGGAAAAUGAGAACAGCAAAGGAGAGGCGGCUGAUAAAUGUCACGGACUUUGGACAUUUGAGGAGUUUGUCAUUAAGAGAUUCAAUUCCAUAAGUGAGCAGCUUAUGUUUUGUUUUACCAACUUGUACACCCAUUUACCUACUUCUUUCAUUUCAUUGGAGGUAGUAAAAAACAUGAUUAAAGUUGUUGGUUUGUUUCAAACUGUUGGAACUUUGCUGCGUAGAGUUGCUGUUUCAAAUGAAGGCUUAAGAGAAGUCUUCAAUGGAAUUGAAGGUGCUGGAAUAACGAUGAGAUACUAUCGUAAGCUGCGUAUGGCCAGAACUGAGUGUCUUCAAAUACUCAAAUUCCUUCUUGAAACAUUUUAUGUUCCAGAUCUUACAGAGAUCUAUGAUUCUAGAAGUUUUGAGUAUGAUGUUAGAAGUUUCUGUUUGAAAAAUGCAUGCUUGAUUUUCUGCACUGUUUCAAGCUCAGCCAAGUUGCACACGGAAGGAAUGGCACCACUGGAAAUGCUGGUAAUCGAUGAAGCUGCUCAGCUUAAAGAAUGUGAAUCAGCUAUUCCCUUAGAGCUCUUUGGUCUUCGCCAUGCUAUACUUAUUGGAGAUGAGAGGCAACUUCCUGCAAUGGUUCAAAGCGAGACAAGUGAGAAGGCUAAAUUUGGAAGGAGCUUAUUUGAGAGGCUAGUUUUAUUACAACAAGGGAAGCACCUUCUCAAAGUGCAGUACAGAAUGCACCCAUCAAUAGGCUUAUUCCCGAAUAACGAGUUCUAUUACAGACAAAUUAUGGAUGGUCCCAAUGUCAAAGAAAAGAAAUAUGAGAGGCGCUUUCUAAAGGGGACCAUGUUUGGUCCUUACUCUUUUAUAUGCGUAUCCCAUGGUAAAGAGCAGUUUGAUGAUAAUCAUAGCAGGAAAAAUAUGGUGGAGGUAGCUGUUGUUGCUGAGAUAAUAGCAAGCCUCUUCCAAGAAUUUGUUACCACAAAACAGAAGGUCCGUGUUGGUUGUAUUUCACCAUACAAAGCUCAAGUUUUUGCAAUCCAGGAUAAACUUGGAAAGACAUACAGUACAGAUGUAGACAGCGAGUUCUCUGUGAAUGUUCGAUCUGUUGAUGGGUUUCAAGGUGGUGAGGAGGAUGUGAUAAUUAUCUCUACUGUGCGAUGUAAUGGGAAUGGAGCAAUUGGUUUCCUUUCCAAUCAUCAAAGAGCAAAUGUGGCUCUGACUCGUGCAAGGUAUUGCCUUUGGGUAUUGGGGAAUGAACCAACCUUGAUUAAGAGUGGCUCUGUUUGGAAGAAAUUAAUCAUGGAUGCCAAGGCUCGGGGUUGUUUUUAUAAUGCUAUUGACGAUAGGAACUUGGCUCAUGCUAUCACAGGUGCCUUAAUUGAGCUAGGCCAACUAAAUACUUUACUCAAUAUGGAUUCCCCGCUGUUCAGCAUGGCAAGGUGGAAGGUUUGCUUCAGUGACUAUUUUCGGAGAUCCAUGGCCAGAAUUAAGACCAUAGAAAUUUACAAGGCAGUUUUUUCCCUCUUGAUGAAGCUUUCAAGUGGCUGGCGCGAAUCUCAGAGUGAUGGACUUCUCACAGACAUGGCUCAAACUUCUGCUCAACUAUUGGAGAAUUACAAUGUCAAUGGGAUAUUAAAUCUCAUCUGGACUGUAGAUGUCGUGAGGGACAAGUCAAAAUACAUCCAGGUUAUAAAAAUUUGGGAUAUUUUGCCAGCGCCUCAGAUACCGGAGCUGGUAAAUUAUCUUGACAUCUUAUUUGGAGGAUAUACAGUGGAUAAUAUGAAUCGCUGCAAAUGCAAACUUGUCGAAGGGUAUGCACACCAUAAUCUUGCUUUCUUUUCCUCCUGUUCAUUACUAUUACAUUUAUGAUUCAUGAAUUAGAAUAGGAUUUUAGCCAUGCAUAAUCCUUAUAAUUUCUUGUGCACGUAACAAUACCCUUCCUUUUUCUAGUGAGGCUAUUUUCAGUGCUAUCUUGGUGGUUGAUUCCAACAGAUAUCGCAGGAACAAUUUAUAGUGAUGCCACCACUUCCCCAACCGGAGAAGAAAGUGCCACCUUUUCCACCCUGGCUCUGCUAAUCUGCUGCAUUUAAUAGUUGCUAAAGCUACCAGCCAGCCCUUCCUACGGUCACUACCCUCAUUGUCCGCCCAUUGCCACCAGAUUCGCGCCCAGUUCCCUUGACAUUUCUUCUAGACAUGCUUUUUGGUGCUUCCAAUGUUUAUUUUACAUGGAACAGUCAUAUAGACACUUCUCUUCAAGUCCUCGCUCAUUGAACCUUCAAAUCAGCAAAAUCCCAAGAAGAUUCUAAUAAGUACUUCCGCAACCUAUUCCAAACUCUAUCAGACCUUAACCUUCCCAAUAUGUCACCUAACAAUACUUUUUUGCUGAGAUCACAUCCAAUGAUUGGCGCACAAGGAAAUUUCUUGCUUGCAUUAUAGUUGUUUAACUACAUUGGUAAAUUAUGUGUUUUACGGGGGAAAAUGAAAUUUGUGAGGUUGAAACUCCAACAAGUGAGACUAUGAAAAACUUACUUGCAACUUUUUGGCCACUGCAGGGAUUUAGUGGUUCCAAUGACAUGGCCAGUGAAUCCAAUUCCAAAUGCUGGCACUAGCUUAGCAAGUCAAUUAGCUGCACUAAAUCUGAGUAAUGAACCAGGAUCAUCAACUGCCAGUUUUAGGCGAGUACUUGGUUCAAAUCAAGACAUUUACCGAUACAAGCUCUAGUUCAAAACUCAAAAGUACAGGAGCUUAAAAGUUUUGUGAACACCUGAUUUACCUUUCUCCUCCGUUCCGAUUUACCAGCUUAUCAAAUUAACCAUGGUUUCAACUUUCAUUUAUUUCGUUUUCCUAUUAAUGUAUAUCAGAAAUCACAGGGAGAGUGGAGCAAAAGCCUUUGGGUGGAAUUGAUGGCAGAGUAAGGCUGCAAAUUGGAGGCACUAAAAAAAAGCCCUCGUAUGCAUUCGAUAGUUUCUCUAUAUCUUAAGACAUUAUAUUAUAAGGGAGGAAUCCUUAUUCCAAAAAAAUAUGGAGUGAAUCUCUCAUUUCUUUGGUAGUCAUUUUUGGAUCCAAUUAUGCAUAGAAUUUAAAAGGAUUUGCCUGUGUUCUAUGUAAUCAAACUAUAGGGUGAUUUUAUUGAAGAACAUACGCUGUGAUGUACAUAUCUCCCUCUAUGGAGCUUGAAUCAAGCUUCAUCUGAUAUAUAAGGUUGAUGCUGUUUUUCUCUUUGGCACCAUUAGUCUAUGUUG